CCUCGGCGGAUGUCUCCAGCGCGUCCUUGUAGGGGAUUGAGGGCCGCCGUGGCUACCGGUUUCGGUUUGAGUGAGGGGCCGGCGGGCUGUGCCCGGAGCGGCCGCCUCCUUCGCCCGCCUAGCACCUCUCCGGUGGCGCUGGGGGCCCGGCUCUUGCGGCUCCCAGGGAGUGGGGCCUUGCGGGCUGCGAGUCCCGAGCACGCCGGUUGGGCGGAGGCGCUGCGGGCCGCCGUGGCCGAACUGCGCGCCGGCGCCGUGGUGGCGGUCCCUACCGACACACUGUACGGCCUAGCCUGCUCAGCAAAUUGCUCGGCGGCCCUGGAAGAUGUGUACCGCCUCAAAGGCCGCAGCGAGGCUAAGCCGUUGGCCGUUUGCCUGGGCCGCGUGGCCGACGUUUACAGGUACUGCCGUGUGAAAGUCCCUGAGGAGCUCCUCAAAGACCUUUUGCCAGGACCAGUGACCCUGGUGAUGGAACGCUCAGAGGAGCUCAACAAGGAUCUGAACCCCUUCACUCAUCUUGUAGGCAUCCGGAUUCCUGACCAUGCCUUCAUGCAGGACUUGGCUCGGGUGUUUGGUGGACCUCUUGCACUCACCAGUGCCAACUUCAGUUCCCAGGCCAGUUCUCUGAAUGUCAAGGAGUUCCAGGACCUCUGGCCUCAUUUGUCCCUGGUCAUUGAUGGGGGGCCAAUUGGGGAUGACCAGAGCCCUGAAUAUCGCCUCGGCUCAACUGUGGUCGACUUAUCUGUGCCUGGAAAGUUUGGCAUCAUUCGCUCAGGCUGUGCCCUGGAAAGUACAACAGCCAUCCUCCAACGGAAGUAUGGGCUGCUCCUCUCAGAUGGACCCUGCUCGUGA